UAAAAGCACUAAUGAACUUCCCCCGCCCUGUCAUGUCUUCAUGCCUCCUGUGGUAAAGGUUUCCUGUGUUGCGUUUAAGUAUGUGUGUAAAAACCAGCUCCUGCAGCGACCACUGGAUUCCUUCCUCUCAUCUUUGGAAAUGCCCAAUGAUUCAAAGACUUCACGGAAGAGCCCGGAGGCGCAUAGAAAACCUCUCUGUCCGUACAGGACACACCGUCUGACACACGUGUCUCUAAUUUUGGGGACCGUGCGUCGCUUGGCCCCUGACAGCACAGUGGUUUCCGUUAGGAGGAAAUGAUGGAGAAGGAAAGUUUCUGACGCCUCUCCGUUUAGUUGGGACUGCCCGCAGGAAAACUAGAGAUCAUUUUUCGCUUUGCGCCGUUUGCUCGCUCUCAUCAUAACGCACGCAAAUCUGAACGAUCUGUAUAUGGAUUUGGGAUUAAUAGGGUCUCCGACAGUGAAAUGUCUCAGGAUUGGAAAUGCAGCUCCACGCCUGCCUGUUGCUCUUUAUUAUCACAACAGAUAAAACAUUGGCCUUGUUGCACCACCACUGUGGUGGAAAUUACAGCCUGGACAAAGAGCCUAUCGGUCACAUCAAACUCACUUCACCUGGACUUAUUACUGACAAAUCCUUACCAGAUUCAAAUUGCACUUGGACGAUAGGUGUUCCUCUGGGUUGGACGGUACUUUUAAACUUAGUGUGGUUGGAGAGUGGUUCGAGCUUAUCGGUGCACUGUGUUUGGAACGAGGAAAGAUAAAGUCCUGGAGAGCGGGGGGACGGCUCUGCUCUCUCGCUGUGAUGAAAACAAAGCCACCUUGACUUGGACAGGAGCAGGACGCUCCUCAAACACUAUUCAGCUGUCCUAUUAUGUCCAGGAAAGUGGGAGGAAUUCCUCGGAGGACCACACCAGCACACAUUCAGACCUCUUGCGUUGGUCUCAGUCGGGAACCAGCUUUACAAGCACAGCUCCGGAUGGUCAAGAUGUGGUAAGAGGGACAGAAAAGGACAGAGAUCGCCUCUACGAAGGUCUGGAGCGGAGUUCUGGGCAUCAGUCUGUGUCUAGUCCCUCCUCUCAGGACCAGGGGCUGCUGCGCCCCACCUCACCCCUGCAGGGACUCUCUGUGGCUGGGAGAGCCGAUAGGGAAACUCUCCCUCUUCCUGAGGAAGAACCAAACAAUGGAGCGGAUACAUCUGGAGCCGCUCACCUUGCUGAUGGCAAAAUGUUUGCCAGUGAGAGAACACACCCCUAUUUCCAGCAUGCACUCAGUACAGAUACACUAGUUUGACACACCACACACAGCAAACACAGGGAAAAAAUCAAGCAACAAGCCUCACACCCAGAUGGCACUGACACAUGCAACGGCCAGUAGCUCCGACACAUUGCAUGGCACAGAUAUACACGAAUAUACAGCCACUCCGACGUCUAAAACAUCUAUAACUGCACAAGCUCACUUCAGCUCCAGCGUCCCACCUAUCACCUCUUCUCCCCCUGAGCUACCUUCCAGGACAACCAGGGAGAGUGGAACCAUCCUAAUGCCCCGUAGUGGAGCUGUUAGUGGGGCACCUGGAGAAAAACAACCCCAUUCCUGGAGGAGCCAGCGAAGCACCUACAGACAUGACUCCGAUCUGACCUCCGCCAUCACCUCUGAUCCUUUAAAAUCACCCACGAAACCUCAGCGGGAUGACUCCAGCAGCGCACACGCUCAUACUGAACCCACUGCGUCAUUCUCAUCCUCACAGGAACCCAGCGGGACUCAUUCAUCCACCACCCACGUCACAGGGCUCGACACGUCUGUUGGUGCUGUGCAGGCUGCUUCAUUUCAUCCAAACAUUACUGACUCAUCUGCAUCAGCUGCGUCAGAGGUUAACAGUCAAACUGCUGCGAUUGAGUCCUUUGAUACAUUUGAAAACACAGAGAUGCUUUACACUUUCACUUCUUCCACACAGAGUCAAACGAACUCUCCACAAAGCACAAAGAGCCUCACACACUCGCCACCUCCUGACACAUCCUCCCCAUUCACACAGACAAACAAAGAAGAGACACAAACGGCAGCGCACAGAGAUUUUGUAAAUACAGACGUGGCUUCUAACACUAUCUCCUCCUCGCCUGACAUUACCAAAGUUGAUGACCAGACUUCAAGUUUCACAGGUUUUUCUUCUACACCCAGAGGAGCUCUGGGAGAUGUAGUUACUGCCGCUGAGACAUACACCCCGCGCCCCACUCACACACUCUUACAUGACAACUCACCCACAAAAUCACUGACUACCGUCCCUAUUUUAUCAUCCAGUACAUCCAUACACUCAUCCGCACCUUCAUACACACUCCAAACACACACUACAUCAUCUAGUAGUUCACAUUUAACUCACACACCCCUGCCUUUGCUCUCCACCACCACUGAAUCCGCCGCACACACACCUCUCAUCGUCCACAAAACCUCACCUAUACCGCCACAAACGUCAACAUCAUCACACACAACUCGUGCACAGAACUUCCUGCCUUUGCCAUCUUCUACUAAUGUUCCAGUUACACACAAACAGCCCCACAACUAUAUUACUACUACACAAACUUCUCUGCUCUCCCUCACAACUGCAAAACCAGAUGAUGGACAUGGAGAUGGUGAGGUAGAAGUAGAGAAAGAAGAAGAGUCUUGGCAGGGGUCUACACAGACUCCCACAGCUGGAGCUUCAUCCUGGACAACCCCACACCCCAGCCAGGAGAACCAUGUGGCACUCACACCUUCUGUUUUAACCUCUAUACCCGAUUUGAGCUCCACAACUAGUCAGACACCCAAGUUCUACAUUGUGCCAGACCAACCUGCAGCCAUCAGAGUGGAGUCAAUUGAGCUGCUGCUGCAGAUCGUUGUGGAAGAGUCCAGAUCGGCUUUUACGUCUGGUCUGGAGGAAGACACCGCUGCCUGGGUGGAGCCGUACCUACAGAAAGCCCCGGGGUUCAGCAAGCUGCUGGGAGUCUGGAGCAGUGGCCGCACAGUGCAGAGUCUGGUGGAAUUUAAAACCAGCGGGGCUCUGCAGUGGCUCAGCAUGACAAGACCCACAUCACUGUUGGAACGAACAGGACUAGCUGAGGCUGUGUGUGAGGGGAGGACCUUCAGAUCAUCCAAGAUUACCAACAUCACACUGGGAGGUCUGCAGGGGGAUGUGUGUGACUGGUUACUGCAGUGUCCAGCAGGCUACAAGUGUGUAUUGCAGCCUGACACUUCAAACUAUAGCUGUUCUUCAAUCUGUCACUUCGACCACUGCCACCACCAUGGCAUCUGUACGCACCACCCGGGCCAACUUCCAGUUUGCCGCUGUCUUGUAGGAGUGGACUUCUGGUACAUGGGUCAGAGAUGUGACGUGAGGAUGACUCAGGCGCGGCUCGUAGGCGCAUGUCUUGCCAUCUUACUCAUCAUGGUGACAGUGAUUGCCGUUUUGGCCCUUGUGGCAGUGCGCCGAUAUAGAGCCAUUCUGAUCCAGGCCAAAGUAGAUCAGACUCGGAGCAGCUAUCGCAGGUUCAACCAUUUUGAUGAGCUGUCAGGACGGUUCUGGUUGCGUUCGUGGGCAGGAUCAGCAGACUCGCUAGAUAAUCCCGCUUUUACGCGCUCCAAUGAGUUACUGCACCUGCAGGCGCUCGACCGCCCCUGCUGUUACCACGACGACACGCUGUCGCUGGCCUCCACCUCCGCUAGCCACGGGACACGCAUCAAUACAAUCUACCCGCACAGCUCUCAGUAUGGUUGGAGGGGAAGCGAGAUGAGCAUGGGGGAUGGUGUUCUGGACUCGGGUAAGGCCAGUGACCUUUCUGUUUGUAGCUGGCCUGUGGAACCCAUUCAGUGGACUCCCUUCCCACUACUGCAGCAACUGGCUUCCCACAGGACGCCCACAGUGAGGGUGUCGAGGCCACGGUCCUACUGUGAGGGCAUGGAGCUGGUAGACCUGGGGAAGAGCUGGACUGCUUGACCGCAAAAAGAAGAAUCAAAUCAAAUGUUGAUAUUCUGCAGCUCAUUUUUGCAUUCUAUGCUUCAAAUAAUCUUGUUUUGUUGAUAAAAAAAACCUGUAAAACUAAAAGUGUAAAUGUGUAUAUAAGUGUAUAUUUUUGUUAGAUUGUUGCUACAUGUUUGAGUUUAUAGCUACAAUCUGUUUCUAAUAUGCUCUCUCUGAUAAGAUGAAGGAUAUACUGUAAAGAUAGAGAAACAAAGAGGCUGUCUUAAUGUCUAUGGUGCCGAGUCUUAUAUAAUGCUUUAAUAAACUUACUCAGGGUAACUUUUGGCAGUUAGAAAAUGUUUAUUUGUUGAGAAUAAAUACAUUUACUAAA